AUGGACCAGCCGGCCGGCCUGCAGGUGGACUAUGUCUUCCGGGGUGUGGAACACGCCGUGCGGGUGGCGGUUUCCGGGCAGGUGCUGGAGCUGGAGGUGGAGGACCGGAUGACGGCCGACCAGUGGCGGGGCGAGUUCGACGCCAGCUUCAUCGAAGAUUUGACUCACAAGACGGGGAACUUCAAGCAGUUCGACAUCUUCUGUAACAUGCUGGAGUCGGCCCUCACUCAGAGCAGCGAGUCGGUCACCCUCGACCUGCUGACCUACACAGACCUGGAGUCCCUGCGGAACCGCAAGAUGGGGGGCCGCCCGGGCCCCUUGGCCCCACGAUCGGCCCAGCUCAACUCCAAGCGCUACCUGAUCCUCAUCUACUCCGUGGAAUUUGACAGGAUUCACUACCCGCUGCCCCUCCCGUACCAGGGCAAGCCGGACCCUGUGGUCCUGCAGGGUACCAUCCGCUCACUGAAGGAGGAGCUGGGCCGCCUUCGAGGGCUGGGCGGCCAGGAGGUUCGGGACACCCGUGAGGCUGAGAUCUGGCACCUACGGGAGCAGGUGUCGCGCCUGUCCUCGGAGAAGCGCGAGCUGGAGGUGCAGCUGGGCCGCUCGCGCGAGGAAGUGCUGGCCGGGCGCGCGGCGCUCCAGGAGGCCGAGGCUCUGCGCGGGCUCGUGCGCGGCCUGGAGCUGGAGCUGCGGCAGGAGCGCGGCCUGGGGCGCCCGGCGGCUCGCCGCGGCCAGGACUGCCGUCGCCUGGUCAAGGAGCUUGAGGAGGUGAGGGCGUCGGAGCGCAGCCUGCGCGCGCGGCUGAGGACGCUGAACAGCGAGCUGGCCCUGUACAAGACGGGGGUGGGCGGGGCCUGGGAGGUGCUCUGGCACCCGCGGGAGGACUUGGAGCCGGUGGGCGGGCCAACGAGACGCUCCGGAGCCUGCAGGUGGCUCCGGGGCCGGGUGGGCGGGGACCUGAAGGUGGGCGAGGCCUGGGACUUGGCGGCUGGACUUGGGGUCCAGGGCCGGUCCCGAAACCGCAGCUCCUCGGUGGACAGUUUCCGCAGUCGCUGCUCGUCCGCCAGCUCCUGCAGCGAGUUGGACGACUUCUCCGAGUCGCUCUCCAGAGGGGUUCGCCGCCGCCGGAAGCCUCCCAGCCCCGCUAGGUGGAAUAGGCCCAGCGCGAAGUCCACCUCCCUGGAGCACGGCCGCCAUCAAAGACGCCUGGGCAAUUCGGGAGGCUGGGUCCCCAUCAAAGAUUACAGCUCAGACCACCAGACGGCCGACAUGGCCGAAAUAGACGCCCGCCUGAAGGCUUUGCAGGAAUAUAUGAACCGGCUGGACACGCGGUCAUGA